GCUGUUACGUCAGCGGAGCGACACAUGCUUCGCUCUCUCUCUCGUAGCUGUUAGCCGUUAGCUGCACAGCGUCGACAUCUUAAGUGUGUUCCGGAGGCUUUUGUAGUGACUGAGGUGAAUUAACUGCUCAGAGGACGAUGGCGGCCGCCGUAACACAGGGCAGAAAGAGGCUCCUGAAAGAGGAGGACAUGACUAAGGUGGAAUUCGAGACCAGCGAGGAGGUGGACGUUACCCCCACCUUCGACACCAUGGGCCUGCGGGAGGACUUGCUCCGCGGAAUCUAUGCCUACGGUUUUGAGAAGCCAUCCGCCAUUCAGCAGAGAGCCAUCAAACAGAUCAUCAAAGGCAGAGACGUUAUUGCUCAGUCUCAGUCAGGAACAGGAAAGACAGCAACUUUCUGUGUGUCAGUACUGCAAUGUCUGGACAUUCAGGUCAGGGAGACUCAGGCGCUGAUCCUUGCUCCAACCAGGGAGCUCGCAGGACAGAUUCAAAAGGUCCUUCUUGCUCUGGGGGACUACAUGAACGUUCAGUGUCACGCCUGCAUUGGUGGGACCAACGUGGGUGAGGACAUCAGGAAGUUGGACUACGGACAGCAUGUGGUUUCCGGAACACCAGGGCGAGUAUUUGAUAUGAUUCGUCGCAGAAGUCUGAGGACGAGAGCCAUCAAGAUGCUGGUGCUGGACGAAGCAGACGAGAUGCUCAACAAAGGUUUCAAGGAGCAGAUCUACGACGUGUACCGUUACCUGCCUCCUGCCACACAGGUGGUUCUGAUCAGUGCCACGCUGCCGCAUGAGAUCUUGGAAAUGACCAACAAGUUCAUGACUGACCCGAUUCGUAUCCUGGUGAAACGUGAUGAGUUGACUCUGGAGGGAAUUAAACAGUUCUUUGUUGCCGUGGAGAGAGAAGAGUGGAAGUUUGACACAUUGUGUGACCUUUACGACACACUCACCAUCACACAAGCCGUCAUCUUCUGUAACACGAAGAGAAAGGUGGACUGGCUGACAGAGAAGAUGAGGGAAGCUAACUUCACAGUUUCAUCCAUGCAUGGUGACAUGCCUCAGAAGGAGAGAGAAUCCAUCAUGAAGGAGUUCAGAUCAGGGGCCAGCCGUGUGUUGAUCUCCACUGACGUUUGGGCUCGAGGUUUGGACGUUCCUCAGGUGUCUCUGAUCAUCAACUAUGACCUGCCCAACAACAGAGAGCUUUACAUCCACAGGAUUGGUCGAUCAGGUCGUUAUGGUCGUAAAGGUGUGGCCAUCAACUUUGUGAAGAAUGAUGACAUCAGGAUCCUAAGAGACAUCGAGCAGUACUACUCCACCCAGAUCGAUGAGAUGCCCAUGAACGGUAUGCAUUUCUUCUUGUGACUUCAUUAACUCAUGCAGUGCAUGUUGGGAUUUCUUCAUGUUGGGUAUUGGUAAAAAUAAACCCAUCAGCUUAUAUCAUGUUUUUGUCUUUGCAGUGGCUGAUCUCAUUUAAUCACACCUAAAUGAUGUCACAACAAGGCUCCGCCCCUCUGAUUAUACCUGGAUUACGUUGCACCUAAUGCCUGUCUUUUUUUUUUAUUAGUUUUAGUUUGUUUUUUUAAUCCACUGUUAAGAUAAAAAUGACUUCCAGUCUGUGUUUUUGUAAAUAAAGGUUUUGGUUCUAUA